AUGGAUAAAAACUUUGUCUUAAAAGAAAUAGAAAAAAGUGAAUGUAAUUCUGAAAUUUUUUUAAACAGUUAUUUUGGAACAUUAAUAAAAGAAAAUGAUGAAAAUGAAAUAUUAAAAAGUGUAAAAAGUUUAAAAAAUGAAAUCCAGGAACAAAAACAUUAUGUGAACAAUAACAUAAGAGGGGAAAUAGAAAAUUAUAAAGAAAAGAUUCAUCAAAUGAGGUGUUACACUGAUACAAUGAACGAAAAGUUGAUUAAUAUAAAUAUAACAAACAAAAGAAGUGAAAAUAUAACAAAUUUGGAUAAAAAGAAUAAUUUAUGUAAAUUGAAAGAGAAAAAAAAAAAAAGUCAAGAAGAGAUGAUUAACGUAAGAAAGGGAAAAAUUGAAGAAAAUAAAAAAAAUGAAGGGAAUGAUGAAGAUGAGAUUGAAGACGAAAAAAUUAAUGAAGAUGAAAUUAAAGACGAGAAAACUCAUGAAAAUGAGAAAAAGGAUGAUGAUGAUGAAUUUAAAGAAUAUGAAAGGAAAAAUAAUUUAAAGUUUGAAAAUUCAUUAAUAAAAAGUAUUGAAGCAAAAACAAAAUUAGAAAAUAUAAAAAAGGGUUUGUUGUUCCUAAAAGUUUUUCCUACGCUGAAAAAAGAUAUAAAUGAAUUAUUUUCAAAAACAAAAAGUAUGAAAUUAGAUAUUGAUGAUAAAAUGAAAAACGCUUUUACGUUACUUAAAAACUUAAUAUAUAUAAAUGAAAAUGAACAAAUUAUUACAUAUUUUAAAGAAUACUCAUCAAUUGAUGUAUCGUUAUACUCGAAUAAAUUCUUUGACGAUUUUUUCUCUUUAUUAAAUGAUAUCCUAUAUUCAUAUAUUUUUGAUAAAACAAACAUUGAUUCCAAUGAAAUAUUAAAAGCAUAUACUAUAUUAUUUAAAACAUAUUUGAAAUUCACAAAUAUAAAGACAUACAACAAUGAAUAUUUAAUUAAUGAAAUUAUAAAAAAAAUUAUAGAAUUCAUAAUUAUAAAUUUUAAAAAAACAUUUCUCAAAUUUGUUCACUCUGAAAACGAUUCGUUUAUAUACAAUAGCAUUAUUAAUUUUUAUCAGUAUUUUACUACGUUUAUAGAGGAAAGAAAAAAUAUUAUAGAAAAAAUAUUUUUUAAUGUUAUAUAUAUAGUAAAUAAUAAAAGUGAAAGAAAUUUAAACAAAUUUUCUAAUACAUCUUGUAAAUAUUCAUAUUCCUUACUAAAUAGAAAGGAGUUAGCUGAAUCUUCUGUUGCAGAAGUAGAAACAAGUGAAAUAUUUAAUGAAAACGAAAAUGAAUUAAAUAAGCAGAAAGUUAACGACUAUGUAGAAUAUGAAGAUAAUAAUAUAAAUGAAGAUUUUAGUUAUAUAGAAGAUUAUUUUGUUUACUUAUAUAAGGAAAGUAUAUAUGUUGUUUGUAAUUAUAUUGAAAAUAGUGAUUUUAUAAAAAAUUUAGAUUUCUCUAAUAAAAAUGAUAAGACUAUUGUAAAUAAAAGAAAAAAUUUUAUAUUUAAAAUAAUGGAUUCUUUAAAAAUAAGUUUAAAUAUUUUAUCUAAUUCUUCCUUUUUUAUUUCAAAAAAAAAUUUAUUUGAAAAGAUAUUGAGAGAAUCUACUUUUAUAAAUAAAGUUAUAAUUAAUGAAUAUUUAAUUAAUGUUACAAUAGUUCAACAUUUUGAUAUGGAAUAUUUUGAAAAUAUAAAUUUAAAAGUGAGCAAUUUUGAUAGGAAUAAUUUCAUAUUAGAAGAUAAAUUGUUGAUGUUUUUUGUUGAUAUACAAAGGGAUAUUAAAAAUGCGAUAGAAAAAAAAUAUUAUGAGGUAGAUAAUAAGGAAAUAUUUAACUCUCAUUUUUUUCGAUUUGUUAUUUUUUUUUCUUUUAUAUGUAAUCAUGAUACAGAAUUUCUUUUCCUUUUCAUAAAUAUGUAUAAUUUUCUAUACGAAAUUAUAUAUAAUAUAAAAGAAGAAAUAAAAAUAAUAAAAAGUGAAAUUGCUACAAAAAAAAAGGAUCAAAUAAAAAUUAAUGAAUCUUUACAAUUAAAAGAAGAAUUUAAUGUAUCUAAUAAGGUUAUUGAUUUUAUAAAAAAUAUAAUUAUAAUAUUCACAAAGUUAUUAAAUAUAUUUAAUGAUAUAAUAAAAGAAUAUGAACAUUUUAGUUCUUUUAUUUUUGAAAAAACAUACAAUCAUUUCAAAAGUAAUAAUAUUUUUAAUUACAUAUCAAAAUUUUAUUUACAAAAAGAAAAGUAUCCAUCUGAAAUUGAGGCAAAUAUUUCAUACAUACAUAAUUUUUUCUUUAAUGGAGAUUUUUCAGAAAAAUUAAUAAAUGCCCAAAACAUAAGAACACUAAAAAAUGAAAGUUCUUCAAAAGAUAUAGAUUCUGAAAAAAAUAAAUUCACUCUUUCUGAAGAAAAUGAAAUUAAAAAAAAAAAGGAAGAAAAUUCUUCAAACAUACAAGCCAUUAAAAUGAUUAAAAUAGUUCCAGAUAAUUCUCCUGAUAUAAAUUUAGAUAUAGAAAAUGAAGAGUGUGGCAAACAUCUUUUUAAGUCCUCUUUAAGUAAAUUAAACGAAAUAAAAAAUACAAUUUUAAAAAAUAUUAUAUAUUUUUCUUUAAUUCCCCUAUAUGAUUAUUUAAUCAAAUAUAUUUCAAAAAUUAUAUCUAUAAAUGAUAAUGAAAAAAUAGAAAAUUUUGAUCCUGAAGAAAAUAUUUGCUUAAUAGUAGAAACUAUUUUCACAUACAUUGAAAUAUUUUAUGAAAAUAAAAAUGAAUAUGUGUUACAACAAUUGUUUUACCAUUUAUCAGAAAAAUACGUUUUUUAUAUAAAAAAUGUAAAUAAUAUAAAUAAAAAUAUUAUUUUACAAAUUCAAUCGGACGUGAAUUAUCUUAUCAAUGUAUGCAAAAAAUUUAAAAUAAAAAAUUAUAAACAAUUUUUAUUACUUUAUCAUUCUAUUUCUUAUAGUUUCAUUAUGAAAAAUGAUCAAGAUCCAAAUAUGCAAUCAUCUUUUGAAUUAUAUUUAAAUGAGCAUAUUAACGAAAAUGAAUUAAGUUUUAGCAUUACGAGUGAUGAUAUUUUAAAAAGUAUUUGUUACAUCAAACAAUUUUUAUCGUAUCAGGAAAUAAAAAAUUAA